UACAUGGUAAAGUGCCAACUGUAUUAUAGUACUAAUCUGCACCGUCUCGGACCCCUUGUUAUUUUGUUCCCCAAUCGUCCAGAUCUGAGUGGCGAAAGAAAGAAAUCCCUAAACCCACACUCUAAACCCUAGCUAGCUCUUUCUUAUUUUGAUAGCUUGCUUCUAGAGAUUCAAGCUCAAAAGUCAAAAUGAGUAGGCCGAUGGAAGAGGAUGCCCCGAGCAAGAAUGAGGAGGAGGAAUUCAGCACUGGGCCGCUCUCUGUUCUGAUGAUGAGUGUCAAAAAUAAUACCCAGGUACUAAUUAACUGCCGCAACAACAAGAAGCUUCUUGGACGCGUGAGGGCAUUCGAUCGACAUUGCAACAUGGUUCUUGAAAAUGUUAGGGAGAUGUGGACUGAGGUGCCAAAAACUGGGAAAGGCAAGAAGAAAGCUCAGCCAGUCAACAAAGAUAGAUUCAUCAGCAAAAUGUUCCUCCGUGGUGAUUCUGUUAUUAUUGUCCUUAGGAAUCCGAAGUGAAAUGUGAUAAUCCUGUGAUCUUUAUGUCGAACAAACUAAUAUGCCUUCAUGUUUGAUAGAAUCUCUAUUGAGAAACGGAUGAGAACCAUCUAUCCUGUGUGGAACUAACAUGCCAUGCUUAAAUUUUCGUUGUAGUACCAUUACUUGAAAGUUGUUUGCUUAAAAGCUAUUUUGUUA